UUAAAAAAACAGUUCCAGACAAGUUAAGUGGCUUGCACUUGCUGUCCGGUGAAUCCCACGCGUGAAGUUUCUUGAGCACAGAGGGGUCCAAGAUGCAGGCAGGAAAGCCGGUCCUCUAUUCUUAUUUCCGAAGCUCUUGUUCCUGGAGAGUUCGAAUAGCUCUGGCUCUCAAGGGGAUUGACUAUGAUAUCCUUCCCAUUAGCCUCAUAAAAGAUGGGGGGCAGCAGUUUACGAAGGAAUUUAAGACGCUGAACCCUAUGAGUCAAGUGCCAGCCCUGAAGAUUGAUGGCAUUAUCCUUACCCAGUCGCUGGCCAUCAUUGAGUAUCUGGAAGAGACACGGCCGACACCGGUCAGGCUCCUGCCGCAGGACCCCAAGAAAAGAGCCCAUGUUCGCAUGAUCUCGGAUCUCAUUGCUAGUGGAAUUCAGCCUCUGCAGAACCUCUCUGUCCUAAAGAAAGUGGGCCAAGAGACCCAGCUGGCGUGGGCACAAGCAGUCAUCAACUCUGGCUUUGGAGCUCUAGAACAUGUUCUGCAGAGUACAGCAGGGAAGUACUGCGUGGGAAAUGAGAUCUCCAUGGCUGACUUAUGCCUAGCACCUCAGGUGGCCAAUGCUGAGAGGUUUAAGGUGGACCUUUCCUCGUUCCCCACCAUCAACCGCAUCAACAAGACCUUGCUUACCAUGGAGGCUUUCCAAGUGAGCCACCCUUCCCGGCAGCCUGACACCCCUCCAGAAUUUCAGGCCUAAAUCCCGGCAUUUUCAUAUUAGGGAUAACUGAGAUGUGAGCUGCAAUCAUAUUGUCUUCCACAUCAAUGAUACGUCUGAUUUUAUAACCAAUCAUGUUGUUCUCUCCCCUUCUGUGACUCUGCCAUCUAUUUUUUUUUUUUUUUUUGGAUGCUCCCUCUUUUGUCAGGAAAAAUCACCUGUCUAUCCUCAUCCAGAGUUUUAUGGUUUGCAGAGGAGCUAGCCUUACCAAUAAAUUGAAUGUCCUCAGA